GGCGCGCUUCCCGGAACAGCCCGCGGAGGGCAGCGCGGCGAGAACCCACCCGCGGCCGGAGCUCCCGCGCGGACAUGGCCGCGGGGAUCGGGGCGCGGGCAGCGAUGGCCACGCGCGCCUGACAGGUGCGGAGCAUGUACGGCAAGGCGAGCAAGGGCUGCGCGCCCUCGGACGGCCAGGCGCGCGAGAAGCUCGCGCUGUAUGUAUAUGAGUACCUACUGCAUGUGGGGGCACAGAAGUCGGCGCAGACCUUCCUGUCUGAGAUCCGCUGGGAAAAGAACAUCACAUUGGGUGAGCCUCCUGGCUUCCUGCACUCAUGGUGGUGUGUUUUCUGGGACCUAUACUGUGCGGCACCAGACCGCAGGGAGGCCUGUGAACAUUCCAGUGAGGCCAAAGUCUUCCAGGACUAUAGUGCUGCAGCAGCUCCCAGCCCUGUGAUGGGCACCAUGGCCCCUAACGAUGCAAUGGCACCAGGUCCUGUGGCACCGGGCUUCUUUCAGCCCUUCAUGUCACCACGGUUCCCAGGGGGUGCCCGCCCGAUCCUAAGGAUGCCAGGCCAGCCUCCUGUGGGCCUCCCUGGCUCCCAGCCUCUCAUCCCCGGUGCCAUGGACCCCUCCCCACGUGCACAGGGGCACCCCAGCCUAGGAGGCCCAAUGCAGAGGGUGACCCCUCCGAGGGGAAUGGCCAGUGUUGGGCCCCAGGGCUAUGGAACCGUCAUGCGGCCCCCACCCAAUUCCCUUGCCACCAGCCAGGUCCUGCCAUCCAUGAACAUGGGUCCGGGAGUGCGUGGCCCAUGGGCCAGUCCCAGCGGUAACUCGAUCCCGUACUCUUCCUCAUCUCCUGGCAGCUACUCGGGACCCGCAGGAGGAGGCGGAGCCCCUGGAACACCCAUCAUGCCCAGCCCUGGAGACUCCACCAACUCCAGCGAGAACAUGUACACCAUCAUGAAUCCCAUCGGGCCGGGCGCUGGCAGGGCUAACGUGAGUGCGGGCCGGUGCGCCUCACCCGACGGGGACCCUGCGGGGAGCGGCCGGCCCGAGCCCCACGCUGCCCUGUGCCCGCAGUUCCCGCUCGGCCCCAGCCCCGAGGGCCCAAUGGCCUCAAUGAGCACGAUGGAGCCGCACCACGUGAACGGAUCCCUGGGCUCGGGCGAUAUGGACGGGCUGCCGAAGAAUUCCCCCGGCGCCGUGGGCGGCCUGAGCAACGCCCCGGGGACCCCGCGCGACGACGGCGAGAUGGCAGCUGCCGGGACCUUCCUGCACCCGUUCCCGAGCGAAAGUGUAAGCGCCUGCGUCGACUCCCCACCCGCGGCCGCGGCGGGCCGGAGGGGCCUGGCGGGCAGACCCCGGCGGGGCGGCCGCGGGGCCAGAGCAAGACCGUGACCGCGGCGGGCCAGUACUCCCCCGGCAUGACCAUGAGCGUGUGAUAGUCCCGGCCUGAGCCCAGGGUCCUGCUGGUGAGGUCUCGGGUCGCGGCAGCACCCCUGCCAUCCGGACUCCUGGCUAGCCCGGCCGGCCGGCAGGGCCCCCACGAAGGACUUUAUCAUUUUCUACACACACAUAUACACACACACAAACUCUGGACCUCAGAGAAGUGCAGGCCUUUGGACCUGUGUGCUGUCACAGGGCUGGGGGGUGGGGGCAAGGGUUCUGCCAAUAAAUGCCAUUCAGUUUUGUCUUUGGUA